AGCAAUCUAAAUACAAUGUGGCCCUACUUUGGCACAUAUGCUCUUCUUAUAGUGACUCUUACACUGAUUCCAGCAACUGCCGCAGCACAGAGUGAAAAUGAUGCCACCAGAGAAGAUGACUAUCCCCCUCUGUGGGACCGUGCCCCUGAAAGCCUGCUGGAUUUCCUAGUAAAGGACGACAAAAUUGUCAUCAAUCCUUGGAACUAUCAAGAGCGACUGGGACUGUACAAGAACAUGCUAAACUCUUCAGCCAAAUAUUUUACUGCCUUUGGAUCCCAAAAUUUUGGCAAUAUUCUCUGGGGAUUACCGUUGCAGCAUGGGUGGCAAUUUCGUACAGGCAGAUUAGCAGAUCCUUCCAGUGUGACUUCCUGUGGCUAUGAAGAUGGAGACCUCCUGUGCAUAUCUGUAAGAAGCUGGUGGUCCUGUAUGAACUACUACCUGGCUGUCAUACCCUUUCUGGGGGCAGUGGAGGCUGGUCUCUUUGGGCAGCUGCAGUACGAGAUAGAAAUAUUGCCUCCAGAGGAACAGAGAGAUGAUUUCUGUUAUAGUGUUGCCGACUGCCGGUCUCGCAAUCCCAAGCUCAUGGAUGAGUGGAAGGCCUAUUUUGAAUAUCUGUUGUCUACAGAACACAAAGCUGGGAGCCCUGCAACCUUCUCCUCCUUCAAAAUGGAUGAUGCCCUCCAUCUCAUGUGGAGAGCGCACGUUUCCUCCAUUGCUUACGCGCUGCCCAAGUUCCAGGACAGCUUAAAAUAUCUCUCUGAUCCAGAAGCAAAUUUUGGUGAAGACUGGGCUAAUGCUGUAGAUUUCAUUGCAGCCACACACUUCUCUACAGAUUUACAGACUACAAACGAGUUCCAGUCUUUCCUGCCCCAGAGGAUGCUCACUGAAGGGGACGUCCUCCCAUCCAUUAGUGACUUCAGUCCACAGCAAAAUAGAGUCCUGCUUUCAAUGAGAGCUCUUCACAAAGUAAAUCAAUUAACAGGAGGAUUGCUGCUGAAGCUCUGGCAAAAGGCUAUGUCUACUGAAGCAGGAAGAAAACUGGGCCGAAAACUGAUUGAAGACUUGGCCUCAAGCCAGAAGUUUGACCCAGUGGGAAUAUAUAAUGAUAUGAAAGGAGCGGAUCUGACAGCAUUCAGUUUCUUAGAGAAAAAGCAGUUUUAA